AUGCCCGCCCCGAUGGAGGCGUCCGACGCCGAGUCGGGGACCGCGACCGAGGCGGGCGCAGAGGCGCCGCUGGUCGCCGCGCCGAGCGGCGGCGUGUCGCAGAGCGCGAAGCUUCGGCUGUGCCUGGGCGCGAUGUGCGGCUUGGUGCUGCUCGGCGGCCUCGCCACGCGCAAGGCGAGCGUCUACAACAGGCCGGCGGUGGGCAAAGGCUCGGAUAAGUUGGUGUCACUGGAGGGCGACGAUGGCGACGAGGCCCCAGAGGAGAAGCCUCCUUGCGCCGGUGAGGGCGGCGCGUGCACGGACGCGAAGUGCUGCCUGGAUGGAGGCGAGGGCGGGUUGCAGUGCUGGGAGAAGGGCGAGUUCUACGCCGUGUGCCUCAGCAACAAAACGUGCGAGCCGGGCGUGCACGAGGGCGAGACCGAGGGUGAGUACGACGAGUAUGGCACCUUCCACCUCAGCGAGUGGAGCUGCAAGAAGCUCGGCGAACGGUCCCUGCCGGGAUGUGAGAGCUAUGGGAGCGCGAAGGAGUGCCCGUCGGGCCGCUGCAUGUGGAUGAACGAGACUGGCGCGUGCCUGGCAGAGUGCUCCGUCUUUCCCAGCAAAGAGGCCUGCCCGGACUCGCACUGCAUGUGGGACGGUGCGGCCUGCGUGUUGGACCCGUGCUCGGCUCCCGGGGAAGACUGCAGUAAGAGCAAGUGCUGCAGCCAGGCCAGGUGGGCCGAAGGCAUGCAGUGCUUCCAGAAAGACAGCACGUGGUCCACCUGCAUGCCUUCCUGCAACAAGGACAGCGACCAGGCGGGCUGGUCCUGCAAGGAGCUGGGGGAGCGGACGAACAUCUCCAAAACGUGUUCCUUCUCCGGCGAGUCGUGCUCUGACACGCACCUCUGCUGCAACACUGGCCACGAGUGCGUGGUCAAGGACGAGAACUUCGCCGGGUGCCUGCAGACCAGCUCCGAGACCACCUGGACCUCUCAGCAGAUCCCCAUCCCAGAGGACUGGGACGGCACCGUCCUGGGUGGCAAUCGCGGGGAGUACCAGGCGUCGCCCGCUGGAGAGGGCGAAGAGAUGGCUGGCACUUCGAUGUUCUGCUUCAUGGCCAUAAUUCCCGACAGCGAGGAGACCAAGCUGAUGGAGGUUGCGAAAAAGUUUGGCUCGGGCGUCUUCGGCUGCAACGAGUCCUCGGUGUACGACGCCUGGCAGUCCAACUCCGCUGGGUGGGACACGGGCGAGGCGACGCUGGUCAACACGGACGUGUUCGUGAGCGUCUGGCAGCAGGUUCAGAAGGAGGGGAAGUUCCUUAGGCACGACUGGACAGUGAAGACGGAUGCCGACUGCGCCUUCUUCCCCGACCGACUGCGGAACCACCUGUACCAGCUGCGCCCGGCCAAGGACGCCAUGUUGUACAUCAAGAACACCGACCAGGAUGCGGCCAUGUCCAACAAUCAGUUCUUGGGCGCGGUGGAGAUAUUCUCCCGCAAGGCUGUUCAGGCGUACUUUGACAACGGGGCCGGCUGCGUAGACACCAUUGGACUGAACAGCGGGGAGGAUGGUUUCAUGAAGGGCUGCAUGGACGCGGUCGGCGCUGGAUUCCUGCACGACGGCGAGAUCUUGAAGCCCGACGGUGCUUCCAGCUACUGCUCGACCGAGUCGAAGGUGGCCUUCCACCCACUGAAGUGCGAAGCGACCUUGGAGAACUGCUACAACAUCGUCUUCGGAAACGAGCCGAAUUGGGGGGCCAACACCUGCCAAGACAGGAUCUACCGGGUGGGGCCGAUGGACCGCCACAUGGCCAUGGGCGGCGUGGCCCACGCCGGCUCGAUCCGCCCGCAGUCGCAGCGGCAGGGCGCGGUGGUCAUCGAGGUCGGGCCCGACGGCCCCGCCGCCGCGCCGCAGCGCGGCCCGGGCGGUGAGGUGGAGGUGGCCAUCGACGGCCUGGAGCCCGGGAGCGAGUACGACGUGCGCGCGCGCGCCGCCAACAGCCUGGGCUUCGGGGAGUGGUCCUUCGCCACGCGCGUGGUGACCGCUGCUGGCCGCCCAGACAAGCCCGGCUCCAUCAAGAAGACCCAGAAGCUGGGCAACACCGUCUUCUACCAGAACACCCGGCGGCACGAGGGGCCCGAGGAGAUCCAGGUGCAGGCGGAGGCCUCGGCGAGGCGCCGCUCCAGCCAGAUCAUGGAGACGCUGCGGCGCAUCGGCACACCGCGCGGCACGACCUCGCGCGUGGUGCCCUUUGAGACGUGAGGCGUCGCGCGCCCACGCCGCCUGCCCAGGGCGUUGUCGUCGUGGACGAGGAGGAGGGACGCCCUUCUGUACCUGUAGAACUGCGGCCUCUCCUCGGUUCAUUGUUAGCUCCCUCGCGGAAUCGGCGCGAGGGAGGGCGGCAUAGGCGCAGACAAUGUGGCCGCCGUCUCGCAGAGCAAGCCGCGGGAGAGGCCUCGAUAAGGGGUCGACUACAGAAUCGAUUCAAAUCUGCAGUCGACCCCCCAAUCGGAGGCCAGCGGCGCAUCGGCGGGCGCCGCCCGCCGCGGGGGAAAAAGCGCCCCUCGCGGCGGGCGGCGCCCGAAGAGCCCCUCGCCCCACGGGCGGCCCGCCCGCGCGGCCCGAAAGCUUAGGGCCGAGCGGCGGCCCGCCUCGGAGCGCGCCCGGGUUCGCGUUCGCCGGAGAGGAAAGAA